AUGAAGACUUCAAUGGUAAUCCUUGUCUUGGCCAUCAUCGUCGCCUGCGCCGUGGUCUCUACCUACGCCUGUCCAGACUCCAAGUUCUUCAAGGGCACCUGCAAUGCCCUCAACCAGGACUGUCAGCACCACUGCACCAAUCUGGAGGGAGCUAAGAGUGGCCAAUUGAGUGCACUAUUGAACCAUACGACAGAAAUCACCUCUAACACCAACAAUGAAGACUUCAAUGGUAAUCCUUGUCUUGGCCAUCAUCGUCGCCUGCGCCGUGGUCUCUACCUACGCAGGCUGUCCAGACUCCAAGUUCUUCAAGGGCACCUGCAAUGCCCUCACCCAGAACUGCCAGUUCCACUGCACCAAUCUGGAGGGAGCUAA